AUGGAGCCUCAACCGAUCACAAGCCGUUGUAGCGUGAUAGAGUCGCCCUGUGAUUGUGGAUGUGCCGGGCGGUGCGGACGCGAUACGGCUCGCGGUCCUCAUCCUGAUCUCAGUGAAACUGAGGCUGUGCUGCAAAUUGUUUUCCGAGCGAGCCCUCAGUGCGGUGAACAAUUUCGCGAGAAACAUCCAGAGGGACUUGUUGGACACCCGGCAAAUACCAGUCGGCACGUGCUGAGAUUACAUUACAAGAGUGAAACGAACGUUACCCGUGAAGACUUCUUGUUGAAGAAGACUUAA